AUGUAUUUGACCAAAACGCUGCAAAUCAAAAUUUCAAACGCGAGACUUUGGAAAAGAGAAUAUUUUCAACCGUACGGGACGAAUUGGACGAAAAAGUGGCUCCCGAGGCAUAUGAAAGGGCGAAACGCAGCGAACAUUUCCUCGCAAGUUCAAAAGGUCAAUUGCGUCAUAGAAGUUGUCGACGCGCGCCUUCCGCUGAGCUCGCGAAAUUACAACUUUGCGGCGCAGGGACGCGCUCCAAGGCUAGUUCUUUUCAACAAAGAAGACCUGGCGAAUCUAACUCCCGCCGAGAAAAAGUACUUCACGCAGCAAGAACUAGAAUCGGCAGAAGCUGUCGUCUGGGGCUGCGCGAACGAAACAAGUCCAUCGAUGCUCCCAGAGCUGCUGGAAAAAGUAGUUGCCUUGGCGGCUGGAAAUCUCUUCCCAGUCGAUCUUAUACCAGACGGUCAUGUCCAGGUCGCCGACUACAUUCUUUACGUUUUGAACCAACGCGAAUGCUGGAAUCACUACACAAAUUUCGCCUCCCUGUCUCUCCCGAGCGACAACAUAAAUACUCUUUUGGCAGCGAUUUGUGAAAAGUAUCAGCUCUAUCAUGAACCUGUUGAGCUACUGAGUCGAGCCAUGGAUCAAGGAAAAUGA